AUGACUAUUCUAACAUAUCGGCCAUCAUCUUCUCAAUCUCGUUGGGAUUACGAUGUCUUCAUAAGUUUUAGAGGUGAAGAUACGCGUAAGAACUUCACCGAUCACCUCUAUUCUGCCUUGGUGCGAGUCGGAAUUCGAACCUUCCGAGACGACGAGGAGCUUCGAAGAGGGAAUAUGAUCUCUAAAGAACUAUCCAAAGCAAUUUGUGGAUCGAGGAUUUCCAUUGUGGUUUUCUCGAAAGGCUAUGCUUCUUCUAGGUGGUGCCUUGAUGAACUAGUGGAUAUCCUGCACUGUAAUAAGAAUACCGAAGAUCACAUUCUUCUUCCGAUAUUUUAUAAUGUGGAUCCCUUGGAAUUUCAAAAUCAAACCGGAACUUUUGCGGAAGCCUUUGCUAGGCAUGAAGAGCGGUUUCAGACUGAUAUGAAGAGGGUGGAGAUGUGGAAAGCAGCUCUAAGUGAAGCUGCGAAUUGUUCUGGCUGGGAUCUCAAAAGUGUUCCAAAUGGGUAUGAAUCAAGAUUCAUCAAGAAGAUUGUUGAAGAAGUUUUGCAUAAAGUCAACCGUACUCACUUGAAUGUUGCCAUGCAUCCAAUAGGAAUAGAUUCUCGUGUUGACGAUAUGAAAGUUUUAUUAGAUCUUGAAAAAAGUGACGUUCGCAUUGUGGGCAUCUAUGGGAUGGGUGGAAUUGGUAAAACAACCUUAGCAAAAGAUAUUUAUAACAAAAUAUGUUAUAAAUUUGAAGGAAGUAGUUGUCUUUUAAAUAUUAAAGAAACUUCAAGGCAAUCCAAUGGUUUAGUUUCUUUACAAAAACAACUUCUUAGUGAUAUCUUGAAAGCGAAGAAUUUAGACUUUUGCAAUGUCGAUAUGGGAAUAGAGUGGAUUAAGGAAAGAAUUGAGGGCAAAAAAGUUCUUAUUGUUCUGGAUGAUGUGGAUCAAGUGAAGCAACUACAAGCAUUAGUUGGAAUACGGUUUGGUCAAGGAAGUAGAGUCAUUGCAACAACUAGAGAUGAACAGAUACUUACUCAACUUGGAGUACAUAAAAAAUAUAAGGUGGAAGAAUUGAAUAAUUGGGAGUCUCUUCGACUUUUCUCCCAUCAUGCCUUUAAGAAGGGCCAUCUUACAGAUGAUUACAAGGACCUUUCAAUUAGGGCAGUAGAGUAUGCUGGAGGAAUUCCAUUAGCUCUUGAGGUUUUGGGGUGUUUUCUAAAUGGAAUGAGUGUUUUUGAAUGGAAAAGCGAAUUAGAAAAAUUACAAAGUUUUCCUCACGAGGAUAUUCAAAAUAUUCUUAGAUUAAGCUUUAAAUCACUAGACUACUAUGCAAAGAAGACAUUUCUUGAUAUUGCAUGUUUCUUUAUUGGUAUGGACAAAGAAUACGCCAUCAGAAUACUUCAUGGUUGUGGUUUUUUCCCAUAUAUUGAUCUUAGUCUUCUCAUUCAGAGGUCUCUCAUGACAAUUGAUGUACAAAAUAAGUUGAGGAUGCAUGAUCUCAUUCGAGAUAUGGGAAGAGAUAUUGUUUGUGAAAUGUCACUUGGUGAUCUUGGACAACUUAGCAGGUUGUGGUUUCAUGAGGAUGUAUUAAAUGUACUAAGAAAUGAAAAGGGAUUGAAAGCAGUAGAAGGUCUCACCCUAAAUUUGCCGGCACUUGAAGAUGUACAAUUAAAAACUAAAGCAUUUGCAAAGAUGAAGAAUUUGAGAUUGCUUGAGAUCAAUGGUGCAUCUUUGAUAGGAUGUUACAAACAUCUUUCCAAAGAGCUAAGAUGGCUUUGUUGGCUUAAAUGCCCUCUAAAAGUUCUACCACAAGAUUUUCAUCUAGAGAAUCUUGUUGUUCUUGACAUGCAAUAUAGUAGUGUCGAACAAAUUUGGAAGGAUGACAGAGUACUCAACAAGUUGAAAGUUCUUAAUCUCAGCUAUUCCAAAAAUCUUACCAAAUCACCCAACUUCUUGCGAGUCCCACAUCUGGAGUUACUAAUACUUGAAGGUUGCAUAAACUUGGUUGAGUUGCAUGAGUCUAUUGGACAUCUAAAAGGUCUUGUUUUGCUGAAUUUAAAUGGAUGCAAGAACUUUAAGAAACUUCCAAGAAGUAUUUAUACCUUAAAAACUCUUGAAAGACUUAAUUUGUCUGGUUGUUUGAAACUUGACAAGCUACCUGAGAAAUUUGAGAAUAUGACGUCUUCAAAAGAGUUGGUUAUACAUAGAACUGCUAUUAAGCAACUACCAUCAUCCUUUGGUCUUUCAAUGAAUAUCAAAGGAGGAUCAUUACCUGGAUGUAAGGGUCAAUUCUUAGAAUCUCAGUUCUCAAGCUUCUCAUCGUGGAUAUCUCCAAAAAACAUAAAUCCCAUAAGCUUGCUACGAGCUUCCGUUUUCAGAUUUGGUAAUUUGGGAAGACUUGGUCUCAGUAAUUGCAGCUUCUCUGAAGAUGAGAUUCUCAAUGAUAUUGGGAGUUUAUCUUCACUCCAGGGUUUGGAUUUAUCAGAAAACAACUUUAGAAAGCUACCUGAUUGCGUCAGUAGCCUUCCUAAAUUACAAUACUUGUAUUUAGAGAAGUGUAAAUCUCUUCUUUCAAUUUCAGAACUCCCUGCAAAUGUAGAGGCCCUUAAUGCGUCUGGCUGCCCAAAGUUGAAAACACUCUCAAUUUCGCGGAGUUCACAAUUAGCUAGUCUUCACCUUACUGACUGCUGCAACCUGGAUGAGAUUGAGGACUUACGUUUGGAUCCUGAUUUAUUCAUUAACUUGUUUGAUUCCUACAAUCUAUCACGUAAAUUUCGGACGAGGCUUCUCCAGUGUCCACCAGCCCAAUGUAAUAUAUGUCACCGUGUUAUUUUACUCCCUUGCGUCCCUGGAGAGGAGGGUGGGAUUCCAAGUUGGUUCUGCCAUCAGAGAAUUGGUUCUUCAAUAUCCUUUCAUGUUCCUUCUCCUGCGGAGGGUGAGAUUCGCGUAUUACUUAUUUGCAUUGUUUAUGCAAAACAGAAAGAAUUGGAUCUGCCAAUGAAAGAAUCGUAUAUGCCAAUGACUGAAAUUAAGGUGAUGAUCCAUAAUAAAAAGAGAGACCACCGACAGGUUCUUCUCCCAAGUCUUUUUCUCUAUUCUGUAAGCAUGUCAGAUCAUUUGCUGUUAUUUCGGUGGCCUGUUGUAAAAAAUAAAGUGGUGGUGCUCGGAUCCCCAGACAAAAUAAUUGAGUUUGUAGAAAAAGUGGAAAUGGAGGUGUCCUUCGAGCUUUGCAGCUGGGUUGAAGUGAAGAAGUGUGGAGUUCACAUAGUGGUUGAUGAGUCAAAAACAGGCUCAUCUGGUGUCUUGGCUGUUAUGGAUACUACUGUAGAUGAUCAGCAUGUAAUUGUGCCCAAUAUCAAAUGGAUGAGACAGAGCCUCACCAUGCAUGAAUUCAUUGCUCAGGUAUGUGACAUUUGGGUUAAAGUUAAAGUUGGAUAUGUGGAGACUGGAGAAGCAUGUGAAGAAUGGAGAACCAGACAUAUGUACUCAUUGUUCAUAGAAGGGAAAUGUUGGCGAGGACACUCGCCGCAGACAACCGCCGUUUGUGACCAGAAAGAAUGUCGUGAGCUUGGAACGGUGGAACGGUUGGAGAUCUCUUGGCUUCUUCAUACUUCAACAUCACUGAUUGUACCCAACAAGAGAAAAGAGUUGGUUACUGAAUCAAAUGGAAUUCUAUAA